UGAGCAAAGACACACGAAAUGAAGCUCGAACGAGCACAGCCAAAGAACGGCCGUUUCUGUCCUUUCUUCUUAAUCCCUUUGGCUUAGGGUUUCCCGGCCUGGACAGCCUGCCCAAGGGCACAUGGGCAUCCGUCCGGGGACAUUCAGGCAGUGACCAAUCCCAGGCCACCCAGGCUGCGCCCUGCGUCGUGGGUCAUUUCCCAGCCGGCCAGAGAUGGAGCAGCCACUGCGGGUCCCCGAGUCUCGGUGAGACGGUCAAGGAUGGACCUUGGAUGGAGACCGGCGUGCGGCCAUGUCCGUGGGUGAAGGAGGCGUGCAGGCCGCGCUGGGGGACAUCGUUGCUGUCCCCUCGGCCAAACCAUGAAAAGCAACCCUCUCCCCCAACCCCCAGCACCAACCCGGAGACCACCCUCGGCCGGAGCCCAGCACGGCCACCGUCACGUCUCGGUCGUCCAGCUUGGGACAGCCCCCCAGGAGAAGAGGUGCUGAACUGGGUCCCCUGGAGGCUCCUGAGCCCCAGAAUGGUGCCCUCUGAGCAGACGGGCACUCUCAGACCAGCUCCCACUGGACAAGUCAGCUCCCACUGGACAAGUCAGCUCCUGCCUGCCGCCCGAUGGGCCCUUGGGAGAAGCAGACCCGGUGAGGAAAAGGCCCCUGUGCCCUUCACCCUAAUUCCCCAGCCCCAAGUCCCACUGGGUUGCCAGCUUCAACCUAAGCAAAUAAUCCGUGCCCUCUAAACAAACGCGCGGGAAUCCCACCUGCACUUCCCCUGCCCGCCCCCCUACCCCGGCCUUGACCUCUAAAAGCACUUGAGGGGCUUUCUCCAGACACUCUCCAGCCCCGACCCCAUGAAGAAGGGGUGAUGGGGCUGUUACCCCAACAAGCAAGAGAACGAAGCCCAGGGAGGAGUUGGCGUGGACAGCGGGGGUCGGGCCCCUUUGCCCCGAGGGGAGGGCUGGUGCCACCUGGGUCAAGCGGCAGGCCCUGGAAAAGCAGCGGAAAUGAGCACACCUGGGUCUCUAGAAGGUUCUUCCAUACCUCUGUGGGCUGAGUCAUUUCAACACUCCUGGGCCAGGCAGGGCUUCUUCUUGGCCCCGAGGGACAAGGUUCCCUUCAUCCGGGGGGUACGGCCCCUGGACCCCUGUCCCCCGCACCCCACCCUCCGCCUGGUGAGGGCUGCGGCCAGCUCUGGACACAGAGCCCUCCAGAGCCCCUUCUCCCUCCCUGCUCCCUGCGUCUUCCCAAGAUGCGCCAGCCUCCAGGUGGGGCAGCCAGGCGGCAGAAUGUGGUCCAGGCCUCUCGGCCCCACCCACACCCCCCUGCUCUGCCCUGACAGCCUCCAAGACGCAGGCACGUCGCUGCGUUCUGUGUCCUGUCUCCUCAUGGCACAAAAUGGUGCCCGCCUAGCUUCCCCCAGAGAAGGGAGAUCAUGCUCCCCGGACGGACCCUGCUCUGCCCGUCCUCCCCGCCCGGCCUUUAGGGCCUCUCCCCUAAGGGUGGCCGCGAGGAGGCCCUCGCCUCCGGCCAUGGGGGCUCCAUCCUCCCGAGCCCGACAGCCCUCCGCCUGGUGGUCCGACCUCUUCCCCAAGGCCCCGCCCAUCCUCCUCGCGCUCCCCCAAACCCUGUCUCUUUCCCCAGCGCCCUUGUCCCCACGGAAGACCCUCCACCCGUGCCAUUACACGCUCUCGCCCCACCCUCCCAGCCACACCCCCUUCCCCAUCCUCCUGGAAGCUUCCACUUCCUUCCCGUCUCCCACGGCAGCAGAGGGUCAGCAGCUCAAGGGGUCCUGGGGCCGUGGAGAUGGCCUGCCCGGGGGCCUCGCUGACCACCUCCUACGGAAGCUGUGCCGGGGUGUGGGGGUGUCUCUGCCCGAACGGCUGGAGGACGAGCCACAUCCGGGGGCAGCCGGAACCUGCGUCCUGAUCUGAGACGGAGAGGCUGGGUGCAGGUGGCUGAGGGGCCUGCGCACAGCUUGGCCUGGGGUCCCCUAGGUGACAACACUGGCUGAACACUCAUUGCUGCUCCCCUUCCAGGGUGACCCUGGGGUCCCCGUGUGACCCUCAGGGCACACGGGGGCCCCACCAGGCCUCACAGAACCCCAGUGGGACUGCACCCAGGGCCCACAGAAGUGCGGGGCCACUGGGGGUCCAGAAACAACCCCACAACCAGGCCAAGGUGGCCAAAGCCUUACUCGAGCGGGGCUGCCCGUCCCAAGAGACUCUGGCCAGUCGUCCGGAUCCAGCUUCCUGGGGCCGGGCCGCCCGCUGGGCUCCAGGCGGUUCUGGGGGGUCCUCCCCUGGGGGCUCGCCCUCCGCUCUCUGCAGCAGAAAGAGGAGCACAGCCAGCGAGUGGGGAGAAGAGGCCGCCCUGGCCAUCUUGCUCCCCCUGGGACUUGAGGAGGGUCUCGGGCCGGGCAGGCGGGACCGGGAACCACAGAGACCCUGGAGGAGGCAGCAUGGCGGGGAGGUGACCGGGGAAGAGGGCCGUGUCCCAGGCUCACAGCCCGGCCUGGCCGCCCGGCCCUCGGGAAGCGUGCCGCUGACCGCCUGGCCGGGAGGUUUGCUGCGUGUGGGGUUUGCAGAAAGUGCUGAGCUGCUGAGCCCACAGGCCAGGCUCAGAGGGGACAGGAAGGAGGUUGCUGCCCAGCCUCGGGCACUGCUGACCCAUCUCCCGUUUCCAGGGCACCAGAGCCACCUAAUCUGCCGGCUCUGUGCCCAGGGACAGGCUUGCCUGAUCACUCAAGGCCGGGCGCUCCGCCUUCCCUGGGAGAGGGUUAAACAUCCAGCCCCCAGCCAGCAUCUCGGGCAGGUUCCUGGCUCCCCCCGCUCGUGCCUCCUCUGAGACCCUGGUCGGCACACCUUUCCCUUGAGAGGAGGAGGAGGAAAGCGGAUGGAAGCAGUGACCCUGCAGCCCCUGAGGGCACCUUCCCACGUGCCCCCGCCCGCCCCGCGUCCUCCGCCCCCAGUUCUCACGGCCCCAGUCCUGACGGAGGGAGGGCGACCUCCGGACUCCCUGGCUCCCGCCGGCUCCGGAAGACAGGGCCGCUCGGCUGGGGCUGCAGGGAGGGGCCCGAGGCGCAGGAGAGCAGCCCGGAGGCAAACCCCACGGGCCUUCCCGAAGGAGGCCUGGCGGGGGGAGGGGGGUGCCACCACUGCUGUCCCCGGCCGGUCUGCUGUCCCUCUCGGGCCACAGUGGAGGGUGUGGGUGGGCAGUGCUGGGGUGGGAAGUGCAGAAAGACC